AUGAUCUCCUACAACUGGCGGAUCAGUGAGGAAGUGACUUUGCGGCGAUCUUUCGCUAUCGAAGGAGCCCCCUGGGAGUUCAAUUUGAGGGACGUAAUUCGAUGGUGUAAGCUGCUGCAACGUGACGAUCAAUCACUGCACCCUGUUGAGCAUCUCCGGACGAUAUAUUUGCAGCGUCUAAGAACUCAAGCAGAUCGAGACCGUGCUUUAGCACUCUUUGGCCUGGCCUUUGGCUCGCAAAAACCGGAUGCUGCCCGUCCUCGAUGGUCGCUUGCGCCCGGCCAUUUCCAGAUAGGUCAUGCUCUGCUACCUCGUGAAAACUUCUCGCCGGCGAGUCGAUCUCCUAUCAUAUUACCCGCUCAACUUCGACCGCUCGAGGCCAUGAGUAGUUGUCUUAUGCACAGCUGGCUCAUUAUACUGACAGGAGCACGCGACUCUGGCAAAACCGCGCUCGUUAAACUUCUUUCCACACUGACCGGCAACUAUCUGCAUGAGGUAGCUGUGAAUAAUGCAACCGACAUCUCGGACAUCUUGGGCAGCUUCGAGCAAGAGGAUCAUAUGGUCCAUGCAAGGACCAUCGCUGAUCGUCUACUGCAACUUGUGUCCAGCGUGUUGAGAACCGCGCGUGGUGCGGCCACUCUAACAGACGGUUCCCUUCAUUCAAGUAUAGAAUCACUACGCCGGGCGUCAUCUCUGCAGUCCCUAACUACUGCUCUGCGAUCAGUGGCAGAGGUGCUGGAUGUUGUGGUCGAUCUAGGUCUCGACAAAAUAAGCCAAGAGGCUUCAACGGCGCGGAAGGCCAUGGACGAUUUUUUCAGAGCGGAACGCAGAAGUGGCCGUUUCGUCUGGGUGGAUGGCCCUCUAGUGCAAGCUAUGAAGUCUGGGCAUUGGGUGCUUCUAGAUGGCGCCAACCUCUGUAAUCCGUCUGUCCUAGAUCGGCUAAACUCUUUAUGUGAGCCCCAGGGCGUGCUGACACUAAACGAGAAGGGACAAGUGAACGGCGAGGUUGAAAUCAUUGUGCCCCAUCCAAACUUCCGUCUCUUCAUGACGGUUGAUCCGCAGCAUGGUGAAUUGUCUCGUGCUAUGCGCAAUCGCGGCAUCGAAAUA